AUGAACUUCCAAUCGCGCGUAUCCACAACAACCGUCCGCGAACUUCUCUUCGCCGACGACUGCGCCCUGAACACCACCUCCGAAGCGGAGAUGCAACGCAGCAUCGACCUGUUCUCCGCCGCCUGCGAGAACUUCGGUCUGAUCAUUAGCACGCAGAAGACGGUGGUGAUGCACCAACCUCCGCCCAACUCAGCCACAGCCCCAACGCGCCGCAAAUCCGCGUGA